UUGUUUCUUUUUUCUCCUCUCUCUCUUUAAAAAACCUCCCUAAUCUUCUUCCUGCUCUCCUCUGGCGGCUCUCUUUCUCUCUCUAAAAGGUGUGUUUGCUUUCUCUCUCUUCGGAUUGGAUCGAUUUAUCUCUAUCCUGUACAUGCCCUAGCGAAGCUAGUUUCAUGACCCAACUUCUGAAAUUCUAGAUCCGAUUUCGAUCCCCCAAAAUUGGCCGAUCUAUCUGAAGAUUUUGACGAUUCGAACCGCCAUGGUUGGAGGACCACCGCCACAACAACAAUCUCAGACUCAACCUCCGUCAACACCCACAGCUCCAUCUGCUGAAGAAGAAGCCUUGAAGAGGAACACCGAUUGCGUUUACUUUCUCGCUUCCCCUUUAACCUGCAAAAAAGGAGCCGAGUGUGAGUAUCGGCACAGUGACAUUGCUCGGGUGAACCCCAGGGAUUGCUGGUACUGGCUGAAUGGUAAUUGCUUGAAUCCGAAAUGUGCGUUCCGACACCCUCCUCUUGAUGGAUUAUUGGGGACCCAAGUGCCAACUCCUGUGGGACCUUCUUUACCUCCAUCACUGACUGCAACAACACCUGUGGCAAGUAAUUCAGUUAAACAACCUGUUGCUUGCAUUUUCUUUCAGAAGGGAUUAUGCUUAAAAGGUGACAGAUGUCAUUUCUUGCAUUCUCCAAUCGCUGUCAACAACAAAGUUCCACAGGUGGCUGUAGCUACUACUGUUUCGGAGCCUCCAACCCUUAAGAAGGCUUUUGGUGGCCUUGCAAAGUUUAAUCAAGAGCAGAAGGUUACACAAGCAAAUGUUCCUAAGCCAGCUGAAUUUCUUUCCCAGGUGAAACCACUGGCGAAAUUUGAAACUGCUCCACCCAAAAAUGGGGUUGCCAUUGACAGGCAUGUACCUACGCCACCUUCAGUUCUGGACGAUCAGUCUCCUCCCAGGUACAAACCAACAAAUGUUCCUGCUCCUACCAAUGGAAAUUCUAUCAGCAGGUCUAACCGCGUGCAGCAAGUUCAAGUACCAGAUGAUCAUGGUAUCCUGAAUAGCAGCAGGGAUGCUGAUGAAUUCUCUAGGGAGAUCUCCCCUGGUUUUGAUGUUCUUGUGGAUGAUGAACUUAGAGAGUCUGAUUAUUAUCAUAACGAGGAUCCUUAUGGACGAACAAGGGGUCAUGAAGGAAGGAAUCUGAAUCCCAUGAAUGAUUUUGAUAUUGGCCAUUCUGUGGAUUACGAUUCGAUGGUUGAUGUUGACAGGGACAUGUAUCGUGAUUCACUUGGGUAUGAUUCAUAUGAACACGUGCACGGGCAGUAUGCUAGAGAGCAGCGUAGGGCUUCAUCAUCUGAGAGGAUGUUAGGAGGGUCAGGGCAUCUGGAAAGGAGGCGUUACCCUAGAGCCAAUAGCCCUGAUCAAAUUGUUGAAUUGGAUCUGAGGCAUCGCUUGUCAAAGCAGAGGAGGGUUAAUGGUUUGAGGUCUGUCAUUAGUCAUGACCGCGUCCGUGACAACACUGCUGAGGAUCGAGGUUACCGGGGCUCUUCUCGAAGGGAUGCCCACCAUUUACCUCCAAAUGAAAGUUCUGUCAGUAGUCGUCUUCGUGGAAGAAUAAAACUUCCAGGGAGAUCAUCAUCUCCAGUCAAUGGAAGUGAUUUGCACCCAGAAAGUGAAAUGGAGAGGGGAAGGAACCGGGGGAGGUUGUCACCAGGAAGGUCACAGAUUUCCACCCUCCAGGGAAGGCUUCGGGACAGAAUAAAAGGAAGGGUGCAAGAGGAUGUUAAUAAUGAGGGGGGAAGUUUUAGAGCUCCGCCUCCGCGCAUGAGAGACUUGAUAAAUGACAAUAAUGCUGAUUUUGCUGCUCCAAAAAGACUUUCACAGCUGAAAGGUGGGAAGAACGCUGAGGGCAAUGAGCAGCAAAUGAAUGAUCAACAACCUUUCUCUCUUGGGAAGCGCAAAUACCCUAAAUUAGAGAGCCACCAACAAUCUGAAAGUGAUCUCUCAUUUGAAGGACCAAAGCCGCUGAGUGAGAUUUUGAAGAGAAAAAGAGCAACAGUUCCUGGGACCAGUUCGAUGUCUGGUAAUAUAGAAGACAGUAACCAAAUGGAAGAAAAGGAAAGCUUCAUGAGCGGAUUGAAGACAGCAACAAGCGUUACUUCUCUUGUAUCCAAGGAACAAAUCAAAGAAUCCAAGUCUGGAACAGCUGAUGUUGUUGGAACCGAAGGCAGAGAUGUUUUGAUCCCUAGAGAAGUUAAUAAAUCAGCUGACGAUCAAUAUCCUCUUCAACGUAAUGAAAGUGAGCUUGAAACUGAAGAGGGGAUGAUUGUUGAUGACACGAUAGAAGAUCAUGAGCCUGAAACCUUUGAUCAGAGAGAUGGGGAGUCGGAUUAUGAGCAGGUUGAUGGAGAAGAUUACAACCUAGAUGAAGCAGAGAAUGGAGAACAUGAGGAGUACCUGGACGACGAGGAUGACGAUGGAGAUGACUUUGCAAAGAAGAUUGGAGUCAUGUUCUCUUGAAAAAAGAGAAAUCACAAUUGUUGGCUCUUAACUAUGAUCCAUGUGUGCAAGGAGCUUGAGCUUGCUAAGGUUGGAGCAAAAUUAGUUGCUUUGGAUUUUUAGCAUAGGAAGUAGGGAUAAUAAACCUUUUUUUUUAAAUAUUUUUUGUGUACUAUUUGAAUCAUUUGCAGUGUAUUUAAACUCUGAUUGAAUGGGAAUUUUUUCUUCGUGCUUGUGGCUUUUAUCAGCCAUGCCCAUCGGUUAAUUUUGCUUUCAGAGCAGAUGACUAACAUUUACUAAGUUAAUAACAUUGUAGUCUUUCUAUUA